CUCCCCUGUCCUCUCUACCAUUCCACUCCUCCCCCCUCACUUGCUCUGCCUUACUUUCUGCUUGUCUUCUGUUGAGUCAUUUUUUGUUCCAGGUCUUCUGUCCUUAUCUCUACUCUUUAUCUACAUCUUGUCUUUUGUAUAAUCGUUUCUACAGUCACUUUCACCAUGGCUGACAAAAGUCAUAUGCUAAUGAGAAAAAAAGAGAGAAAAGACAAAGAAGCAGCUGAAGUGACCAAAGCUGUAAAGGAAGUAAAGAAGAAAGGAGAGGAGACAGAAAACAAUGGAGAGGUCCCGUCAACCGAGGCGGGGGCCACUGGUGGGGAUGUAGCUAAUGGUCAAAAUGGAGAUUUUCUGGUGGAGCUGAUGGAACUACCUCCAUUUGUGAUCAUCACAGGGGACCGGAUCGAUCCUUUUGUCUUUAAGUUCCAGUUCAAGAACGUGGAAUACUCUUCAGGCCGCAACAAGACCUUCCUGUGUUACCUGGUGGAUAAAGGGAACACAACUGACGAGCUGCUGAGGGGCUAUCUGGAGGAUGAGCACACCAGCUGUCAUGCCGAGGAAGCCUUUUUCACACAGUGCCUGCCAGACUACAACCCUGCACUCAAAUACACAGUCACCUGGUAUGUGUCUUCUAGUCCUUGCUCUGCGUGUGCAGAAAAGAUAGCUGAGGUGCUGAAGGCCAGGAAAAACAUCAACCUGACCAUUUUUGCUGCUCGGCUGUUUGAGUGGGAGGAAGCAGAAAUCCAGGCAGGGUUGAAGGCCCUGCACACUUCUGGCUGUAAGCUAAGGAUCAUGAAGCCUCUGGACUUCUCCUACACCUGGGGCACGUUUGUGGAUAACGAGGAACAAGACCUGAACUUGUGGGAAGACUGCAAAGAAAACUAUGAAUAUUACCACGAGAAGCUGGCUGACAUUCUACAGUGACCACAGAUCCAGUGUGGAGUGUGCGACCCUCAAUCAUCAUCACUUCUUCACAGAUUAUUGAUGUCAAUGUUGUUGACUGAUAGUGAUAAAUUCAUAGUGCAUACAAAUCUGUAACAGAUUAGCUGUAUGUGUCAGUGUGUUGCCUUUUCUUAGGUGUGUUUAUGAAUGCUGUAAGAACACUUUCUGUACCCACAACAUCUGCAAUGAUCUCCACAUCUGUUUUCCACUGUGGUACGGUCCUGCUCUCAGACAUUGCUUGUUUGAUAUGUUUUUUGUUUUUUUUGCCCAUGUUUUGCACGCAGUUAUUCAGAUGGGGUGCUGGAGUAUUCCAGUCUGCAGAUAUAUAUAUAUAUAUAUUAUAUAUAUUAUAUAUAUUUUUUAAUAUAUAUAUAUAUAUAUAUAAUAUAUAUAUAUAUAUUUAUCACUUUCUUUUGGGCUUGAUGUGUGUGUGUGUGUGUGUGUGUGUGUGUCUGUCUGUCUAUGAGAUAACUGACUGAUGGACGAUGUGUUAAGGUGAGCACUGUGAGAAAGUGUUUAAAACAAAUGUAUUAUACCUCUAGUCUUCUGCUAAACACUCUCAGUACACAUUGUUAUAGUUCUGAAUGUCAUUCAUAUCUGUUUACACUGCCAGAUUAACUGACAGCUCCUAUCUUACCUCUCAACAAGGAAAAGCCAUUAGAAUUUAAUUUCUUAACUGUAGUGAAUAUUCCCAAAUACAUUUGACUUGAAUCUAAGAUCCAGAAGUCAAUUUAUACAUUGAUCAUGUGGCUUCCUGGACCCGGCGGCAUGCUUGCACAGAAAGAUUUUAGGUCGUCUGUGUGAGCUUUCUCUUUUCUAUUUUACAUGAGUAACUACAGUGAUUGUGUAUUGGGCUCCAAGAGCUUCCAAUAAGUAGGUGAGCUAUGGUUCAUUACUGUGCAGACACAGAUAGAGCUGCUCUGUUUUGCUGCUCAGAGACACGGUGUGAGGCGAGAACAUAAUCUGUCCAGGUCCAAAUCAUGUAUCUGUAUUUGCUUUCCAUUCUGUCACAAAUAAACAGAUUCAGUAGUC